CUCGCAGCCGGCGGCUUUGGCGAGGUUUUCAAGGCCUCAUACUACGGCGCCCCUGUCGCCGUCAAGCAGCUCUAUCGAGGCUACAACCAGAACGAGCUCGCCGACUUUGGACGGGAGAUCGGCAUCUGGCACAGACUCAGUCAUCCUCAUGUCCUCCAGCUCCUCGGUGCAUGCGACACCACCGCCAAGCCCUUCAUGGUCUCUCCGUUCAUGCCCAACGGCACUCUCCACAACCACUUUGCCUCCGCUCCUGAACCUCGUCCCCUAAGUGAGAAGGUCCGGCUCCUGUAUCAAGUCGCCUCUGGCAUGGCCUAUCUCCACGGCAACAACAUUGUCCACGGCGACCUCAAGUCUCUCAAUGUGCUGCUGGAUGGGACAUUCAGUGCCGUCGUGACCGACUUUGGCAUGUCCCGCACCAAGCACACCUCGGCCUCGGCCAACAGAACCCGCCGCGACCAGCCGACUGGCGGCACUCUCGAGUAUAUGGCACCGGAAAUGCUCGAUGACGAAACGAUGGCUGGGUCUUCGAAGGCCACCGAUGUGUAUGCAUUUGGCAUCACCCUGUACGAGGUCUUCAGCGAUUGCAAACCUAUCUGGGUCACCAACGACGGUCAGCCAAUGAGGGAGAGGGUCAUCGAGUCCCAAGUCGUUAAAGGAAAUCGACCCAAGCAGUUCGACGGCAUCCCCGAUGUUAUCCGAGAUUUGAUUGAGCGCUGCUGGCACCACGAUCCCGCGCAACGUCCCAAGUUCCCCGAGAUCCUC